CGCCGCGCCCGCCGCGCCGCGCACCGGAUGAUGCCCCCGCGGGGGGCGGCGGGCUCCUGCCGCCGGCGGCGCCUGGCGCCCCUCAACGAGGACAACGGGCGGUUCCUGCUGCUGGCCGCCCUCAUCGCGGCGUACCUGAGCGCCGGCGCCACCGUCUUCUCGGCCCUCGAGAGCCCGUCGGAGGCGGAGGCGCAGCUCCGCUGGAACCGGACCCUGCACAACUUCAGCCGCAUCUUCAACAUCAGCCUGCCGGAGCUGCGCGCCUUCCUGCGGAGCUACGAGGCGGCCAUGGCCGCGGGCAUCCGCGUCGAUGCCCUGCGGCCCCGCUGGGACUUCCCCGGCGCCUUCUACUUCGUGGGCACCGUCGUCUCUACCAUAGGUUUUGGAAUGACCACACCAGCAACUGUGGCUGGAAAGGUAUUCCUCAUUGUUUAUGGCCUUUUUGGGUGUGCCGGGACUAUCCUGUUCUUCAACCUCUUCUUGGAGCGCAUUAUCUCCCUCCUGGCAUUUAUCAUGAAGGCGUGCCAUGAGAGACAGCUGCGAAGAAGUGGUCUCCUACCUCCCAACUUCCGAAGGGGGCCAGCUAUGUCUGGAGUGGGCAGCCUCGUGGGCUGGAAGCCAUCCGUUUACCAUGUGUUGCUGAUUCUGGGAAUAUUUGCUAUUGCCCUUUCCUGCUGUGCCUCCGCAAUGUACACGGCGGUGGAAGGAUGGAACUACGUUGAUUCCUUGUACUAUUGCUUUGUCACCUUCAGCACCAUCGGCUUUGGAGAUUUGGUAAGCAGCCAAAAUGCUGCCUACCAAAAUCAGGGAUUAUACAGAUUCGGAAACUUUGUAUUUAUAUUUAUGGGGGUAUGUUGCAUAUACUCUCUUUUUAAUGUCAUUUCAAUUGUAAUCAAGCAAGUUUUGAACUGGGUGUUGAAAAAAUUCGAAUGCAGAUGUUGCCCAAAGUGCCAUAAAUCAAGUACCCGCCUCAGCCGUCGCAACGCCAUCACCCCAGGAGCCCGCCUGCGUCGACACAACAUCUCAGUGGACACUGAUGGACAGUACGACAGUGACACUGAGGGGAGGAGGCUCUCUGGAGAGAUGAUCUCCAUGAGGGAGCUCACGGCAUCAAAUAAAGUCUCCCUGGCCAUUUUGCAAAAGCAGUUGUCCGAGACGGCCAACGGCUACCCGAGGAAUGUUUGUAUCAAUACGAGACAAAACGGUUUCUCUGCAGGGGUGGGUGCUCUAGCCAUCAUGAACAACCGCUUGGCAGAAACAAGUGAUUCUAGGUAGAGUUUUUGAAAUUCUUUUUGUUUCUCUAAUAAAAAUAAGAUGGUGUUUAGGCUGGAAUUAUCAUUUUAAGCUACUGGAAAGUUUUAAAUUCAGACACAGCCUUGGUAUUCAUUGGGCAUUCAGCAUUUUAGUCUCUGGGGGUUUUAUAAGUUUUCUCUAAUAUGCAUUGAGAAAUUUAUCAUCAUGUUACAGUUUUCCCCUGAGGGGCUUUUGGAAGAGACUUGGAUGUCUUUGAUGCAGAAUCUGAUGCAGUUACAGAAGGAUGGUGUGCGUGGUAAGGAUGGUGUCAAAACCAGUGUGUUCUUCUUCAGAACAGAGCCUAAACCCAAACUCUGUGUUAAAAUGCAUUAGGGGGGCAAGUUUGGCUCCAUAUUCAAGCUUGAGGUUGGUAAGGUUUGACUAAACCAGUGUGUCAUGAUUUGUUGAAGUCUGGAUCUGGCCCUGAGCUUUGUGCUCAAUGCUCUUCAGCAAUUCCUCGUAGCAGGCCUGUAUGUAACACACAUGUAGGUGACAGCGGCCACACCACCUUUAGGGUGUUUGUGCUUCCCUUCAAUAACCCUGACUGACUUCAAUAGUAGAGGAUUGAAUGGGCUGGAUUCCCCUCAUACAAAUAAUGGUUUUUAGCCACUCUUGUCUGAAAGACUACCUACCACCUAACUCUUAAAAGUCAGGGGCUUAUCAAGGAUUGUAUCAAAGUGUGCGAAACUAUUCCUGCCUACUGAAUAACUGAAAACAGGCAAUUGUCAUCUCCAGUCCUGACUUCAUUUAAUGCAAGAGAAGCCAGUAUGCACCUCUGGUGUCAAAUGUUUGCAUCACCACUGAAAUGCUUAUUUCAUUACUUUCACAUUAAAAUAAGUCACUAAAAUGAAUGCAGGCUCUCUGUUGUCCUAAAUUUGCAUCUUUUGCUUCUGCAGUAGUGUUACAGAGAUUCAUGUAAAUUAUUUCCUUGCAGUUUUUUGAGGGCUCCCGCCCUGUACUUGUUUCCCACAAAUCUGAUCGUGUAGAUUAUACAGAAGAGCACUGCUUUGGAGUUCCCCCCAAAAGCUAGCUUCCCCCAGAACGUUGAUAUGAAGUCACAAAUUGGCCUUUGGCUGUUGCUACCAUCUUAAGCCAUAUUUAACCUGUGGUAGCCCAAACCACUGAGGAACCAGAAGCAAAUCUGCUGGUCUAGAGUGUCUAGUUUUGCGUAUAGAGGGUGCAGAGGAAUUACUGCAAAUCUCUUUCAAAAUAUGUGCACAGCUCUGUGUCAUUUCUCUAAAUUCUCUCUACUAUGCUGUGAAGUUAAUAAAAAGGCUUCUGCUGAUUCCAGGCAAGAAACAAAACUUUAGCUUAUAUUCUGAGCCACAAUGACCUGCUCUUGGAAACUUCUUGGGAAGUUAUAGACAAGACCAUGAGUAACUAGGUUGGUCACUGAAUAAAUUGAAGAAGCUGAUGAAAAUAAACUGGGAAUAUUAGAAAUUACUGAAAAUAUUUCCAUGAAGUUUCAUAUAGGCAUUUUACUCUGCUUUUUUUUACUUUGCUUUGCCUGGGUUUGGGGUAGCCAUCAUUUUUGACUUCCUUUAAAUUUGUAGUAGUGCAAAACAUUUUGGAACUUUAAUUUGAGGUUUUGCACACUUGAGCCUGACAGCUGAAGUAUGGCAAUGAUUGUAUCUUUUUCUUGAUGAGAGGGAAUCAAAGCAACAGAUAAACCAUCACACAUGGAUCUGUAUCACACUAUAAAUGUAGUCACAGCUUUUGUCAAGAUGCAUUUGGCCAGAAACACACAGUGAUGAUUGUGUUCUGUUUCUACCUGACACAGACUCACACUUAAGAUUAUGUGGUAUAAUAGGGUCAAGAGGCAGGAGCUUUCUUGAUGGUAGAGAGACUCCCCAAGGUCCAUGUGCCUUCCUAUGUGUGCACCCAUGCUCUUUGAAGAAGCAGGAAGAGUUCAAAGUGUUUGGUGAUCCUAAUUUGAACUCCACUGAAGGAUAAAUUCAAGCAAGAUGUGUAGGGGCACGUCAUGGUCUGGAGAAGACUCAAAGACUGGCUGCAAAAGUUGAAAGACCCAUUUCAGGGAGGUGCCUUUCAGAGAUGUAGGGGACAUCUUUGAAAACAGCAGAGGCAGGAAACCAAAAGAAUGAAAAUUUGUUAUUUUCCCUUGGGACUACCUCCAUGGGUAAAUAACCUUAACUGUGAUGAUUUAUGUAUUUGUUAAUUAAAAGUGUGAAUGGGACCCUGCUCUGUUUUUGCAGCUAGACUCUCAGGGUUAUAUCUUGGUACAUUUGCCAUCAUGGGGGCUAUUACUCAUUAGAAGGGGCCCUACUCUGUGAAGUGUUAUAUAAAUCAAGGCAGAUGGGCUCUGUCCCAAAGGACUUAGGAGUUUGAAUAGAUAGGACCCCAAGCCACAGCAGAAUUUGUUAUUUUGCUCAUAAAAAUAUGUGCAAACGCAUUAACAUUCUGCGAGCUCAAGAACUCUGUGGGAAAAAAUUUGCAAAUUAAGGUGGAGGGGUUUUCAGUAAGUUGUUUUUAAAGGAUAAAAAUAACUAUGAUUAGGGUCCUGUUUAAAUGUUUGUAAAUUGCUGUCAAAGUACCUAUUCCUGCCUGGGAAAUACAGUGAUGUAAUAUGAAACUGUACGUACCUCCUCUGUACUUUUUCUGCAUCUAGGCAAAGGCAGUCUGUUGUAAUGUGAUUUAAAUGUUUCCAAGUCUGUCUGGUACCAUCGUUUACAGUGGUGCCUUUGCAGGACCCUUUGCAGUUCCUGCUGACCCCGGGGGAAGUUGGACCAGGUCCUAGAGCUGGGCUUCUCAAGGGAUUUGAGCAUCUGAUUGCUGCUCUGUGCACUUAGGUCUAAUGUUUAUUUAUUCCCAAGAUCCUUGAUACACUCCAUUCUGCUUCUCCUUAGCCUCAGAGGCAUAUAAAGUGCAUGCUCAGUUGUUUACCAGUGCCCCUAUUUCUUGCAGCGCACAUACCCUGGAAGCUGCUACAACUCAACCACAGGGACACCCCCCCCCCCCCAGUUUGUAUCUAAGCCCUGUAAAAAUCCCAUCUGGCUCAGCAAAGCCAGUUUAUGAGAGGGUCAGAGCACAGUUACUGAGCUGAGUCUCACUGGGGAACGUCUGACAAAGGGUGUCCUUACAGUUCCCUCAUAUUCAGUAGCCAAAGUAUUUUUCAAGGAUGCAUGAAAACCAAACUCCAAGUCUCUACUCUUCAGCCUGCUAACACUGCCUGGGCACCCAUCACCUGUGUGCAUGAGUACCUGAGACAAGAGGACAUAGGAGAUUUGAGAUCAGUCAUUCGUAGUCCCUUGGGCUCUUCCUUUAGUUUUUUCUUCAUGACAGUUCUUCUUUAAACUUGCCAGACAUGGGCACCUAACUCCUCUUUGAUUGUGCAUGGUCCGGCUCAAAAUUCCCUGGGGCAGCCUGCUCCUUUUGUGAAUUAACCCCUUAACAUGCACCAACUGCACCAAGUGCAAUUCCUCCUGAUAUUUCAUUUUCACAGACAAAGCAGAUACCAGCAAUACCUGGACACAGACUGAAGCACAAGAAAUCAGAAGGAAACUGAAGGAACAGAGUGGGACAAUGAAAGCACACUGCACUAUAUUGCACUUUCUUUUCAGGUAAUUUGGGAGUUGUACUACAUUCUUGAAAUUUAUUUUUUUUCCCCGGGUUUUAUUUUUUGAUAGCCUUGAAAGAGUGCAAUUAACGUAGGAUUUAAAAGUUCAUCUUCCAUGAUACAACCCCCUUGCCCUGCCCUGCAGAGGAGCAGCAGUGACUCCUAGUUGGCACAGACCAAGACAUCCCAGUUGCCUGCUGAGAAGUUGUACAGGCAGUGCAGACCUGAGCUCAGACCCUAUGCCCCAGAUUAAUCUUUUGCUUCCUGAGCCCAGGGAAGAGCAUUCAGGAGCAGCAGAAAGCUACAGGACUUUGGACUUCUCUGUGAGCCAGCCCCUAGUGAGAGCAAUGACAGCACAUGAGUUGGUCAGACAAAGGAGAUACCAAGUUCACCUGGCAUGUGUGCUAAUACCUUGCAGAUGAAAAUUAAAAUAUAGGUGAACAUUAAUGAGGGACAAUGACCAAGCAGCAUCUUCUCUUUCCCCUUGAGCUCAGGGCAGAACAAUUACAAGGAAUAGUUUCUUGUGAAAGCUGCAGCAUUUGGCGUCACUACUUUUACUUCAUGGGGUUUGUCUUCCCUCUUUGUGUCUUGGACAAAGUUUGGAGUCACACUGAGAUGUCAUCUGAUUCUCUUUGGUUUCUUCCCAUCUGCAAAGCACAGUUCUCAUUUUGUGCAAAAAAUUUAGAUCAUUUUUUAUUUGCUUGCAAUAAGGAAGGACGUCCUUCAGACUAUACAGAUGUUCAGAGAAGUAAUCUCAGUGACCUCAGACGCAGAUGGAAGUUUCUGAAGGACAAGGCUGCAGUUUGCCUGUCUCCCUGCAGAAGAAGCAUUGCACAAUAACUCCCAUUACUGCUAGCAAGGCAUGCAAAUGUUGUUUAGGCAGUGGUUGGGGCCAUGGAACAGGAGGCACAACUGAAAAUGCAAAAUGGGUAUUUGUGCCUCUUUGAUACGUACAUGCUAAUUAACAACCCAAUUACCAGCUCUGUUUGCAACCAGAAUUACUCCUGGAAGACAGGAGAGGUAAGAAUCACAUCAAGGCUUUCUGUGACCAUCGUGUUCCAGCACUGCUUCAGCCUGAGUCUUUUCUCUUCCCCAGCUUUCUGUGGGUAAAAAUGUGGGUAUAUUAUGAUCAUUUACCCAUAUUUCAGUCAUGUCUUAGCUUGUUACUGAAAGAAAGACUUAUAGCAGCAGUGGAGGUCAUAUAGCCAGGUAUGUGGGCAACUGUAUAAACCUGAUUGCCUAUGUGGGAUGAAUUUAUAAUUAUAUGAAAAUUAACUGUAGCAAUGAGACCAUUCUUACUUUUUAGUAUUUUUCCAGCCUUUAACUUGAAAAAUAUUCAGUGACAAAUCAUUUCAAUGAAUGUUCAGAGCUAAUCUAAACAAAACCAUACUUUGCUGAUUGCUAGCAAAUCUAUAGGUAUGGCUUCUGCUCUAAUUGGAUUACUAAUGUGCCUUUCCAAACCAACACACAUUUGCAAUUCUAUAUUUAAAUAAUACAAUAAAUGCUAUUACAUAACAACUUCAAUUAGGGCAAAUUAAUACUUGACUCACACAAAACAACUAAUGAAGUGUGUGUUGCUCAUUGUAUAACCAAUGUGCAAUUUCUUUUUUGUGUGAAUAUGUGCAUAUCUGAGCUCAAAAUCUGCUUUCGUGAAUGCUAGGAAAACAGAAACUACAUUGUAGAAAAUAAAGUAUGGACAAUUCCACUGAGAUUCCACAAAGGAUAUGCAUAUUAGUACAUACACAGUAAGUGGUACAUUAUGCAUGAUAAAUAUGUUGUAUAGCAAUGGCACUGAGGAAAGACUACUUCAGUCUACACAGCCACAGUCUGAAUGCAGCUACCAAUAAAGACAAGUGCUUUUUUUCUUUCUUGUUUUGUUUAUUAAAUAGGCAACAUCCACCCUUUAAUUAGAAUAAGUCUUUAAACUAUCAAAAGAAAAUGCAAUUGCCCUCAAUUUUGCAUAGCCAAAAAGAGGUCUAAAGUCAAAUCCAAACUUUUAACUCUAAGGAUCCAAAGUGAUGUCAUUUUGCUCUGCAGCCUUCCUAUCAUCUUCAGUCCUUCCUUGAAAAAAAAAAAAAACCCAGUAAAUACAGAUACAUUUUAUAGCAGAGUACCCAACAGUCUGGCGAUUUAGCAUGAGAAAAAAACCUACAAGCCAGUGUGGUGUUACCAAGGAAUGAAAAGUGUGGGGAAAGGGAGAGGCUUAGAAAUGUUCUCCAGCAAAUCUGGCAGAAAACCAAAGACCUACUUUGUUCUCCAUACAUACGUGUGUUCUUCCCCAUCACAAAAUGGUGUGGCACCUGUCAGAGCACCAAGUAGCUCUUCUUGCAUCGUGGGCUCAGCUACCUCGUCUGGAACAUGAGAGAAGUUGUUUGUGAGACACAGGGAAGAGGGACAACACACUUACACUCACCAUCUGCAUGACAUCCAGGAGGUGGACACUGCCAAGGGCUGAUUUUAGGAAGAUGAUUGCCCACCCUCUUACUGAGAAAGCAGCCAUGCUGAUCCUUUACAGUGAUGAUCAAUAUUUUGGGUGUAUUGGAGGUGCAGAUUCCCAUGUCUCCAGUCCCCCCAGUCCCAGGGCCUUGUUGUGCCCAGGUGUGUCCCAGACAGCUCCCAAGCCCAGACUCAGCAUGGGGAUGCAGGUAGCUUUAAAAUUGUGUAACAUCAUCAUCCCAUGUGUUUUCAGGAUUGGGCUCUCCAGCAGGUGGUGCUUUAUCAAACAGUCUAAGAAAUACGAAGGUGUUCCCGUAUUCCUUUUGUACUUUGCAAGCUGUAACAGUACUUUUUAAAGCCAGUGAGUCAAUGCAAGAGUAAUGCUUUUAUAACAUACAAUAAACAAUGUGAAAAAAUUACUGCUCUUUCUGACUGCAAAUCAAACAGCCAGAUUUUCUCAAUGAGUAUAAUUUCCUAUUCCAUGCAAGUAAAAUUAUAUCCAGAAAAUUUUUGCUUGUAGUAACAUCAAUGUGCUGCACAGGCAGUGCAAUAAUUCAGUUCCAAUUUUAUUGUAAAACCUCAGUAUCUGAAAGCACAUGUGAAAGUGGUUUGCGGAUUGUUGGAGGUGGGGAGUGAUUGUGUGUGUAAACAUUGUUUAUUUACAAAAAUAAAAAGUGCUAUUCUACAUAUACAAACACAUUUUUAGCUCACUGGAAUGCCACCUUGUUGGAUACUCUCUGCAAAAAUGCUAGUUCCGAAGUUCCAGCCAAUUUCAAGUAUUCAAGUCUCAAGAUAUGUGCUCAAAAAACAUUCCUGUUUAUUUUAUUUCUUUUUAAAAGAGCACAGCUUGGUAGAUAUCUUUAACUGAGUUAGCAUUACUGUUUCCUAUUACAAGCCUCAGUAGUUUUACUUCUGCAGUUUAUUUCACUGGUUUUGGUGUUUGCUCACUUCUGCAUUGAAUUAUAAACAGUGAUUAGUUCUGUGCUGUUUUCUGAUUGGUAUAUCUUUCCUUUUUGCAUCGAUUGCAAAUAGAUGAAAUAUUAACACCAGCAAAAGAUCCAGCAAAUGUCCCCAGACGCACCAAAAUUAGUCACUCUUUUGAAUAUUUUUCUUUUAAAAAUUGUUUUGUAAAAUCUAAAUCCUGAGUAUAAAUUAUGUGUCAUGGUUGAAAUGAGCAGAAAAUAUUUUUCCUACCAACAGAAAUCCAGUGAAAUAUGCUAAAGAUUAAGUUUUAUGUAAAAAGACUUCCCUGUUUCAUUUGCCCAUUUUAUCCAAUUUUUUUCAAAUUUUUAGAAGUAUGUAAAUCCCAUUUGAAAAACACCCUCUGCUGUACUAUGAAUAGAGCUUCUAAAGGGAUUAAAACCGAGCCUGCCUGACUGCUGCAAACAGAAUUGCAUGUAUAAACUUUCUAAACCUUAAUGAUUUGUACCUGUUUGGCAACUGCAAGCUAAGGGCAUGCUAAUGUAAUUCCAGUUCAGGCAAAGAAAUGUAAAUCAUAGAGCUUUACUUGCUGCUAACCACUUUUAUCAUAAAGACCACAAGUACACAGCUGCAGCAUCAAGUGUAACGUACAGACUCUGGAUACUCAAAGAUGUUCCUUUGGAGGUUGGUUUGAUGACUGGGAGUUUGCACUGGGGUAGUUGAAGCAACUUGGCUGGGUGGUGCUAGCAGUCCCCUUUCCUGUGCUAUCACCCCAGUCUGCUGCUGCUGCUGCUGCUGCUGCUGCUGAGGACAGUGCUUGUCUUUAGGCAUUGCACUCACCUGCCCCUGCCCCUGCCCCUGCCCCUGCCCCUGCCCCUUCCCCUUCCCUUGAAUCAGGAACAGCAGCUGUGCUGUUUGAAUCACCAACAUACAAAAAUACAGGGAAAGGCAAAAAGGGAAAAGGAAAAAAGAAUACUGAUGUUAUAUUGAGCCUCUCUUGAGAAACACAGCAAAGUGCUGUGUGUAGCCUGUGCUAGACUGUUUCUGGCCACCUUUGAACCCUGGGUUGUUCCUGGAACUGGAGUGUUUGGGAUGCAGGUGCAGUUAUCAACUCAUUUUACACUCCCCCUCUGCACCGGCAAAGCAGUAACCCUCCUGUGAUCCUACUUUCCUCAUAAAAUGGAUAGAUUUGUUUAGACUUUCAUAGGAUGACAGCAUAAAUAAAUAUUGCAAGAUGAAUCAAUUACCAAGGCUGGUUAUAUCUGCUAAGAGAUCUUUAUCAGUAAUAAAAAAGGGAAAGUUGUCUUACCAUCCUACAAGUAUAGUGAAGCAAGAGAAGAAGUGGUGCUCUGAACAGAAAGUAAGGUGCUAAAAAUACAAUUGGGCCCCAAAGCUCAGGCAUGCACAGCAAAAUUACAAUAGCAUUCUUUUCCAAUGCUCAAUGCAUCUGCACCUUGGAGGAAAGCCUUGGUUUCUACCAGCACCAGGGCAGGCAAGGCUUAUAUUUUCUUCAUCUGUAUGAAAGCAAAAUGUAUUUGAGGACAUGCCUUGGGUCUGCAUAGCACUCAGGGAUGGAGUUGCUUCUGUCCACAAGUUUAAGCAUGUCCAUGGUCCAGAGACCAUGAAUAGUGGUCCAGUCCCCAGCAGAAAAUGGAUCUGCCUCAGGGAGUCUGUCAUUUUUGGAGAGGAAUUGAAUGUCAUGGCAACCCACAGCUGCCUCCUCUGGCCAAGCCUCCCCUGGUGUGGGAUCCAUCCCACUGCCAGCCCCUCUGAUUGUACUGCCAGGAGACCAGUGCAAAUCAUCAGCAAUGUGCUCAUAUCCCUGCCUUCUUAAUGGACUAAAACAUUGGAAAAUAGAUCAUUUUCUGUUUUAAUGAGUGUUGCCCAUUAUUCACAGCCUACACACAAGAUGUCAUGAUUUUCAAUUUUGCUGCACUGAUCACUCAGUCCAUCUGACAGCUGACCUUCAGGUUGUCAUGGUUUUUAAAAAAAAAAAAGGAAAAAAAAAAAAACCAACAAAAACCCCAAACACCCAUUACCAACAUACCAGAAAAGCAAAAUAAUCCUAAAUGAGGCAGUAAGGAUCUCACGUGCAAAACGCUGUGAGCAGAGCUGCCACUGUCCACAGCAGCCAGAUGCUUCUCCAGCAGUGGGAGAAGCUUGGGUUCAGGAGAGCAUCAUCAGGGUGGGUGGGGUGCUGGACUUCGCUCUGCAAACCAUGGCAGCACUUGCUGAACAAGUUUCUGCUACUGUUUUUACAGUGUUAGGGACAUUUCUUAUCACUGGUACUGAAAUCAGAGGAUGGCAGUAAAUCUUACACAAACUUUUUACUGUCACUGUUGUAUAUGGGUGUUAGCCAGGGACAUUUUUAACAACCAAAAGGAAUUAAAUCUGAGCAAAUGAAAAAGUGAAAAUAAUAACACUUUGCCAGCCAGAAACAGUUGCAGCAGGGCCCAGGGCCCAGCAUCAUUCAACAUUCUCCCAAAGAGUUGAACUAUACAGAGAUUACCUAAAUAAGCCAAAAAAGGUGGUAUGCUCUAAGAAGCAAGUGCUGCUGUUGCCUGAAUCUGGAGUAACUUAUUUGAAUUGCAGGUAAUAAAUAGCCCAAUUAAACAGAUGUAAUGACUUCUAAAUGCCUGCUCAAAGUCAAAAGGAGAUGCAUGUAUUUUUCCAGCACAGUUUCAGUUGUGUUUAUCAAGUCAAGCGGUAAAAUGAAGAAGCAUAAGUUCCUGUAAAUUGUUGAUUAGAAAACAUAGAUUUUUACUCUCUUUCAGAUGAUGCUUCCUGGUAGAACAUUAAACUGGAAUAAAUUUCAAGAUUGAAAUCUGUUUAAACAAGUGGCAAUUUUUAAAAUGCUUUAAUUCUGGGUUGACAGGAACUUUGCCUCCAACAUAUACCAUAAUUGUGAGUGCUCUUGAUGAAUCAGAUCCAUUUUUUAUUUCAGCUCAGGACUUUUCCACUAAAAGAUCUUUGAAUGAAGAGGACUAAAAGCCAUAUACAAAGCCAAUUAGAUACAGAUCACAUUCCUACUGGUACAUUAUAUACAGUUUGCAAACAAAAAUCGGUAUUUUGGGCUUGGGACCCCUUCAUUCACAGAAGCAUGGUUAUGGUCCUAGGAGACAGAGGCAGCUGAUGUGCAACCAUAAUGCAAAGCAAUGCAGAGGUGCUGGGGAAGGAUUCUUGGAGCUGGUAGUUAAUGACAUUGUGGAAGAACCCACUGAUGGUGUUUGGGGAACAUUACUGUGUGUUUUUAAUGCUGUGAUACAUGAUUGAGUAUGAAUUCUGUACAUCUGGGAGGAUGUCAAAUUCCAGGUGACAUUUGGAAUGUUGCAAUUAAGUUAUUACAAAGACUUUUGAAAUAAACAGGAGAAAAAAAUGUUGCCUGGGA